AUGGAAAUUAUUCGGCUACGAGGUCAUGGAAACGAGACGCAAGAGAGUUACGAGCUGCAUGAUUCAAGGCAACCUACUAAUUACGUUUUUCUUCUUGUUGGUCUUGCCGUUCGUUUUCUCUACCAGGUCCAGUUCAACGCUCUCAAAGUCAUCAAGCAAAGUGAGGUCUACACUCUGUUUGUUCCGCGUCCUUCGAUCAGUGACCGCAUCUUGGAAACAAGCGGUUUUUACUGGGAUCACCUGGGUGACGAGCUUUACUCGGAAGCUCCAUCUGUCGGCAACGGCUGCCUUCGCGUCAGCCAUUACGAAUCGAAUUAUUGGUGCGAAUCUGCUGCAUUUCCAUUUCUCUCAAACAAGAUGUGUGAUGAGGCUUUUUUUCUUUUGCAAUGCUAUUGGCGGUGGCUUUGUCUUUUCCACGUUGUGUUUCACUACUUUCGGGAGGCUAUCUGUCCUGCGUUCAUGUUCUUGUUUCCGAGUUCGUUGUCUGCCCUAAAACAGCUUGUUUUGGGAAGGUAUCCUUCCUACCACAUAGGCCUUCGCACGUACAUAGAUCCGAAGCGGGAUGCAAGCUUGACUAGCAUUGAAGAUUUACUCAGAAAAAGAUUAGAAUUAGAGCUGAUAGUGGUAAAAACAGGUAGAAAGAAAAGACAAGUGGAUGAAUGGUUAUGA